CAGGCGCCUCGGGGCUGCGGCGCCACUUCCGUGGCCCAGCGCGCUCUGGUUCCGGGUCGGGCCGCCGCUGGCGGGGGCGAGGCGCUGCGGGGCCGCCGCUGCCAUGUCGGAUGCGGGACGCGCUCCCGGGCCCGGCUGCGGAGCCGCCUCUCGAACAAGAUCAGAUGCAGACUGCUGCUCAGCCACACAAAUGCUUUGCCAGACAAAGGAAGGGAUAUCAGGCGAGCCAGAGUGGGUUGCUGGAGACUUUGAAGACUGCUGAGGAACACACGAUUUGAAUCAUUUAAGCAUUAAAAUAGUAAUACCCAUGGAAGAGCCACAAGAUUUACCCGAACAACCAGUGAAAAAAGCCAAGAUGCAGGAAUCUAGAGAACAAAGCUUGAGCAGUCAUGUGAGCAACACAGAAGUCAGCGAUCAGAAACCUGAAUCUUCAAACCUUGGUUCAAACCUUUCCAUGUCAAGUGAGAUUAUGACAUGCACAGAUUAUAUCCCAAGGUCAUCAAAUGAUUAUACCUCACAAAUGUAUUCUACAAAGCCAUAUGCACAUAUUCUUUCUGUACCUGUAUCGGAAACAAUGAGCCCUUACCCUGGUCAGACUCAGUACCAAGCACUACAGCAAUCUCAGCCCUACACGAUCUACCCCCAGACCACCCAAACCUACGGACUACCUCCUUUCGGUGCACUGUGGCCAGGUAUGAAACCUGAAAGUGGUUUAAUUCAGACUCCAUCUACAAGUCAGCACAGUGUUCUUACCUGCACUACAGGGUUAACCACAAGCCAGCCCAGCCCAGCACAUUAUUCUUAUUCCAUUGAAGCAUCAACUACCAAUGCCAAUCCCGUGUCUACAUCUUCAACUGUUGUCAAUAUUUCUACAUCAGCCGUAGCCAGCAUCUCACAGGAAUAUCCUACAUACACAAUCCUUGGCCAAAGUCAGUACCAGACGUGUUACCCAAGUUCUGGCUUUGGGGCCAUAACACCAGCAGACAGCAGCGCGGAGAGUACUGCAUUAGCAACAACUACGUAUCCGACUGAAAAAACAAAUGCCAUGGUGCCUACACGGACGGUGCAGAGACAUUCCUCUGGAGAUGCAUCCACAAGUCCAUCAUUGUCAAGAGCAACAGCAAGUAAAGAGUUAGAUGAGCAGGCAAGAAAAAACAUCCCUGGGAAGAACAGAGGGAAGAGGAAAGCAGACGCCUCCUCCUCACAGGACAGUGAACUGGAGCGAGUGUUUCUCUGGGACCUGGAUGAGACCAUCAUAAUCUUCCAUUCACUUCUCACAGGGUCUUACGCUCAAAAAUAUGGCAAGGAUCCAACUCUAGUAAUUGGGUCUGGUCUGUCAAUGGAGGAGAUGAUUUUUGAAGUAGCUGAUACUCACCUGUUUUUCAAUGACUUAGAGGAGUGUGACCAGGUACACAUAGAAGAUGUGGCAUCUGAUGAUAAUGGCCAAGAUUUAAGCAACUACAAUUUCUCCACGGAUGGCUUCAGUGGCUCAGGAAGUAAUGCAAAUCACAGUUCAUCAGUUGGUGUCCAAGGUGGAGUGGACUGGAUGAGAAAACUAGCAUUCCGCUACCGCAGGGUACGAGAGAUAUACGAUAAAUACAAAACUAACAUUGGAGGCCUUCUUAGCCCACAGAAAAGGGAAGCUCUGCAACGACUGAGAACUGAUAUAGAAGUGUUAACAGAUUCCUGGCUGGAAACUGCAUUAAAGUCCCUGCUACUCAUACAGUCCAGAAAAAACUGUGUGAACAUCCUGAUCACAACCACCCAACUGGUGCCAGCUCUUGCCAAAGUUCUUCUAUAUGGAUUGGGCGAGGUGUUUCCCAUUGAAAAUAUUUAUAGUGCUACAAAAAUAGGCAAAGAAAGCUGUUUUGAGAGGAUUGUGUCACGAUUUGGAAAGAAAGUCACCUAUGUGGUAAUUGGAGAUGGGCGUGAUGAAGAGGUUGCAGCUAAGCAGCACAACAUGCCUUUCUGGAGGAUCACAAACCACGCAGACCUUGUGUCCCUUCACCAAGCCCUUGAGUUAGACUUCCUGUAAGACACUGGAGCAAAGGUGUGACUGCAGCAGCUCCUGCAAGCCCUCUCCAUCACUGGAGAGGCAGAAAUCUCAUACAUUUGGUGACUCAAUUUUCAGCUUGAUGAAGAAUAUACACCUAAUGCAAAUUGUACAGUAGAAUGUGACACCAGGUCAUUUCCUCAGGAGCAUAGGCCCUGCCAAGUACAAAAGUCUAGUGCUAUAAAGAAGCACUAGACUCAGCAGAGCUAGAGCUUGUCUGAAGAGACUCACAGAAGCCAGCUGAAUUCUUCUAGCAGGUACUCUCCAGAGUGAAGGGGUAAUACAGUGGAGAAGGCUCUAACAGAUACUUCUGCUUUUCUAUUCAGCUUAGUUAUAGAACCCAAGUAAACAUAAAAUCUUAUUUUUAUAGAAAAAUACUGACGGCAGAGCUGAAUCUCCCUUGUUUUGCAAAGCCGAAAAGAGCUAUUGUUUUUUUCCAUGGGAAAUACUAAUGAAAAUGUCAAUAUACCUCUACUGAUGUGAAAGUGUGUCCUCUCUCCUUUCCUGGGUGUUCAAAGUAGAUAAUUUAUUAUGAUAUCCUUACAUAAUUUCUUCAGUGUGGGAUUUCUGGAAAAUAAAAAGAUAAGGGAAUGUUUCUGGGGUUCCUCAUAAAGGACAGUGUUGCUGUUGGUUGAUCCCAUUGGCUUCUAGUCAAUGUGUUUACAUUGCACAUGGCUCCAAACACUGUUAACAAGUAGUAGGGUGUUGGAUUCCAGCAAUCCACAACCCAAACUGCAGAUCCCACAGAUUUUCCUUAUAUGGGAAAACGAAACUGCCUGUGAACAUUAGAUACAGCACGACAAUAUUGAAGAUAGUGCUGAGAAGUGAACAGAAACCUCAUUUGGACGAGGAAUAAUUUGAGAGAGAACUAAAUCCUCAUAAAUGUUACAAAGAAGGAUAUGGUAACUAAUCUUCACCUCUGCUUUUCUGACUCCAUUUGUGAGAGUAUGUUCCUUUUAGUAGAAUCAGAUUCAAUUUUAUUAUAUUCUUCUUUGCAUUAGCCUAACUCUACAUAGUUAGAAACAAAAUCCUUGUUAAGGGGGGACUUAAUUUUGUAAGACACUGUGACUUGCCAACCUGGGGCACACUGACCUUGGAAGUGAUGGUUACACUGAUACUUUUGCUACUAUCUCAUAAAAAAAGGCUGGAGUCAGUGACCUGUGGUACCACGAGCCAGAAAUAACCAGCUGAAGACUGGGUGCUAACACAGGGAGCUGGUUUUGUGCGAGAUCAGGCAGUGUUUGGUGGUGUCUGCCACCUGUCUGUACCCUGAUGGCACAAAAUCAGCAGGUGCCUAAAGUUUUUGUACAGAGGCCAGAUGUCUGGCUCAGCAGGGAAAGCAGAAGUGUGUAGUGGGGCUCAGCAAACACCGCAGUUGCACCCAAACUCUUCCAGAUCUCAUCUGCAGCCCAGCAUAAUUCAUCUGGGUCUGGCCUGAAAGACCCAACCUGUCAUGUUGGAAGGACACUGACCCACUCAGGCUGUGCCUACAGAAGCAGGUGAUAUUUGCUGCAUUCCUUUCAUGGCAUUAUUUACUGAGGAAUCAUUUCCAUCAGUGCUGGGGGAGUUCCUGUGUUGGCUCAGCCCAAGCACUGUGAUGUGGCCUGUGAGUGACAGGUUGGUGUCUGUCCCUGUGCUGGCUCUGGUCACCACUGCUGAAAUGGUGCUAGGGCAUUGGACCCCCAGAGCUGAGGGACUGAACAUGGAGGUUUCUGUUUCAGAUGUUCCUAGCUCCAGUUUUGGUUUUAAAAAUAUAUAAAAAUCAGAGCUUUUCUCACUUCAAGAUGGCCAGGAGUCGGGAGCCAUCUGUUUUCCAUCCAGCUCCUUGCUAGGUGUUGGCCUAGCACUUCAAUCUCAGGCUCUGGGUCUGCGUAUUUUCACAGGAAACCUCUGCUUCAGGAUUGUGCUGUGUGUGUAGCACCUGCUGCCUGUGAGCUCUUGUCCCAUCAGAAAACCUGAGGAGCCAAUUUCUGCUUUCAUGCUGUGGGUGCAUGCUGGUGUUUAGCAGCAGCAUGAGUGCUGUGCAGAGUGGGAGGGUGGAGAUGGCACAGGGCUGAGAGUUAGGUUCAUUUGAGGGCUCUGAAGACGACUUGUUACUGCAUCAGAAAGAGCAUAUCUGGGAGGAAGGGAGCCAUGUAGAGAAGCAGCUCCAUUGUUUCUGAAAUGUUCCUAGAUCAGGACAUCUCUAAGUUAUGGAAGAGUCCGUGCUGGUUCCUAAGUCUGUCUCUGCAGGUCCCCAGCCCAUCCAAAGGUCUUGUAAGCAGGCUUGGACCUGCCUGUGAACAUGUCUUGUACUCCAGCCAGCUGAACUUCGGGAUGGAAACACGUGCCUUAACCUCCCACUGCCUGGCAUGGGCAAGUGGCCUCUCUGCUUCACUAACGUCUAAAGUUGCUUGCAGGAGAGCCAUGUUGGUUCAUGCUAGGAGGUAGGAUGUGUUUUGCCCAGGCACUCAGUGAGUGCUGAAACCAAGGUAUCAAGCAGCCCAGAAGCUGGCAGGCUUUGCUUUGUGUUUGUUUACUUUUAAAAUGUUUUAAAGAAACUUUAAGAUGGCAGCAAAAUUUUAGCUGAGUGUGGACCUAUUGCAGCCAGUGACAUUUCAUACUGAUAUUUAUACGAUGUCUCCUUGAAUGUAUGUAAAGUACUUUUAUAAUAGGAGGUUGAUGGUACAUUUCUGUGUUUGUUUAAUAAUAAAGGUUGACCUGGCUAUUUUAUUUUUUUUCCCCCUCUGCUGGCUGAUGUUAAGACUUUGCCUCUCUCUCAUGUGGCAGCCAAGCACAUGAGAACCAAGCAUUGAUUUGCUUCUGUGUCUCUUUGCUCUCCUGUUAUUCCUGACCUGGCUGUAAGCUGAACUGCUGAUAAAUCCAAUUACGUGAAUGAAUGCCCGCUGGCCUGGGUGCACACAAGCAGCUGCUGGCCUCCUCCCUGCUUUUAACUGCAGAUGCAGUCUUAAAAAACAACCAUCUGAUCAUGGUGUGUGGUGCCUCCACAUGCUCUGGGGGAAAUGCCAGUGUUGGCCCUCAGCCUACAGUGGUGCAGAAAGCAGCAGGAGCCCCCUGAGCCUGCAGCAGCCUUUUCUGCGGUGACUUCCCAGCGUGGCGGAAGGAGGGGAGCCCCAGGGGCUGCUGGCUGCGCAGUCGUUGCCUGUUUGUGUUCUGUGUAACGGGAGCUGUCCUAUGAACUGGAAAAAAAAUAAAGUCUUUAUUUUCUUUAUUUUC